UUCACAAGACCUUGAGUCGUCUGUCUGUCUCAUCAUCAUCGUUUCUGAAACCCUUGAAGUUGAAGAAGAGAAGACGGUGUGUACAGUACAGUAGAGUGAUCCCAUUCUGCAAGUGCACAAUCACAAUCCAGCAGCCGCAAGCAUGAUUCGUCUUCUAUUCAGUCUGAUAUUGAGUGAGAUGGCAUUGAUCGUGAUAUUCGUGUUUAAAACACCGCUAAGGAAGCUUGUGAUCAUGGGUUUGGACAAGCUCAAGCGUGGUAGGGCCCCUAUUGUUGUCAAGGCCGUUGGAUCCACAAUAUUCGUUGUCAUGAUGUCCACCGUCUACAGUGUCAUGCAGAUCCAUAACCGCCGGAACGGAGACGAUGGAGAACUUACUCCCACUGAUCAGAUUCUUGCUGCCAGACACCUUCUCGAAGCUUCUCUCAUGGGAUUCUCCUUGUUUCUUGCACUAAUGAUAGACAGGCUGCACCAUUACAUCAGAGAACUCCGUAUAAGAAGAAAAAACAUGGAAGCUGUCAAGAAGCAAAACCGGAUAAUUGAAAAUGGCAAUAAUGGAAGUCAAGACGAAGUUAAAGCUUUAGAGAGUGAACUAACUGCGCUAAAGGAAAAGGUUACACAUCUUGAGUCAGAACUUGAGGAAAAGACGAAGGAAGCAAGCGAAGCAGAAGCUCAUGCAAACGCAUUGAAGAAACAAUCUGAAGGGUUCCUUCUUGAGUAUGACCGUUUGCUUGAGGACAACCAAAACCUUAGGGCCCAAUUGCAGUCAUCAGACCGAAGAUAGUCGAAGCGAGAAAGUCACUUUGUGAUUCGUGAAUUACCUGAUCUAAUACACUUGUUUCUUGUUUUUGGAUUUUGGAUUUUCAUGCAUCUGACCCCUUUAUACUUGUUUGGUUUUGUGGGGGGGGGGGGGGGGGGGUAGAAGAAACUAGUUAUAGGUUAAGGGGAAAAUAGCAUCUGGUUUGUACAAGGAAUGAUUUUGAUACUUCACAUACAAAUGUGAGUUUCCCUUCAUGUGA